UGGUUAUUUAUUUAUCAAUUCUCCAUUCAACCAUCAAUCAAUUCCUGAAAUCCAAAAGCCGCACAUUCAAGUCUUAUACAAAAUAAAUUUGUUUAAAUUUUGUAACUAUAAAAUUAAAAUCAAAAGCAUUAUGAAAUCUUGGCCGAAGUUUUUAUUAUUUAUUUGUGUUGUUAUUUCUCCUGCUCUAUGCGAUGAACAGCCCAAAGUGAAAAUUGGUAUUAAAAAACGAAUAGACGACUGCACUACCCGCACAAAAAAGGGCGAUUUCAUUCAUGUUCAUUACAAGGGUUCCUUGGAGGAUGGCACCGUUUUCGAUAGUAGUUUAUCACGGGGAUCUCCGUUCACUUUCACACUGGGAGCCAAUCAAGUCAUCAAAGGUUGGGAACAAGGUCUGAUGGGUAUGUGUGAGGGUGAAAAACGACGUCUCGUUAUUCCACCCGAAUUAGGAUAUGGCAAACACGGAUCUGGACAAGCAAUUCCACCCAACGCUGUGCUUCUUUUCGAAGUGGAACUAAUGAAAAUCGAAAAAAGACAGGAUUUAUAAAAUUUCAUCUAUAUUUUCAAUUAAUUCCUAUAUAAAAGUGUGUCGUACAAAA